UAAUUUCCGUCAAAAGAUUAAUUAGUCGACGUAAACAGUUAUCUGAUGUACUUGCAUCCAAGCGAAAUAAAUGAUUAUCUCCGCUGGAAUUGCAAUGUAAAUAUAAUCUUUGGAUUUAGUUAGUUUUCUAGCACUACUCCGCUCAGACGUAGCAGUUGCCCUGGAGGCAGGCAAUAUGGCUGACGAUAAUACGCUUAAAACUUCAAAACCUAAGAAAAGUAAAGGAGAAAAGAGUCGUAGUCGAAAAGAAUCGGAUGUAGCACAAGAUGAAGUUAAGAAAUUCAAGGAAAAUCUACUACAGUCUGCUUCGUCAGAAGACACAAUCUUAAGUGAAAACUACGCCGAAGUUGAAAAUAACAAGCGAUACUCGACGUCCAAAGCCCGUCAAUCCCUUUCCGUACCUAAAAAUGUUGUAGCUGAACUGGACGAAAAUAAAAUAUUUGAACUGAAAGAGGCGUUCCUGUUGUUUGACCUGGACGGCGAUGGAUGUAUCGAUCAUAAUGACUUGUGCGGAACUUUUAUCAGCCUUGGAGAGAGAGUUGAUGAGCAAGCUGUUAAAAACAUGCUCGCUGAGGCUUCAGAUCCUCUAGACUUCGACUCGUUUGUAAACCUUCUCGGAUACAAGACCUUGGAACUCGAUUCUGAAGAGACUCUUAUCGCAGCGCUUUCCCGAUGGGACAUCGACAAUACCGGCUAUAUAUCUGAAGAAAGGAUUCGUCACGACCUAAUGACAUGGGGUGAUCGUUUCACAGAAAAGGAGGCAGACUACGCUCUAGACGAAGCUCCUACUAUACAGAAGGACGGCUACACUUUCAUAGAUUACAAGCAAUUCUGCUCCAAACUCAGCGGCCUCAGGAAGCCCAACAAACAAGCUUUACAAGUUUGAGAGCAGUCCGAAUAUAACCGGAAAUACACUUUACGUGAAUGUUGUUUGCUUUUCAUGUUUAUUCUAAACAUUUUGUACGAAAUUGAGAUUGAAUAAACUUAUUUUAAUUUUAUCAUAGUGUUUUCGGUCUGGUUGAGUAAAUUGUAAUGUUGUUUAUAUUUGAAUGCGAAAUUUAAAAGUGUAUAUCUUUUUGUGUUCUUAUUAAGGUAUAUUUUAAUUGUGCAAUUCACUGAAA